GUAAGUUGAUUGGAAUUGAAGUUCAGAAACCAUAUACAUUUAUAACACAGAAGAAAAGAUAAUGUACUUCAGCCUUGACCUACAUUGAAUCCAUCCUUUCCCUUCAUUUCGUUUGCCCAUUUUGUUUAGCUAGCCCUCCGAUGAGAAUUCAUCAGUGUUCAUGGCUUUUCUUAAUACCCUUUUGCUUGAUAUUACUUGGCGUGGAGUUACAUGUCGUCUCUGGUCAAUGCCUUAGCGAUCAGAAAUCUUUGUUGCUUCAACUGAAAAGCAACCUUAAGUUCAACGCCAAUAAUUCGAAGAAGUUGGUCACAUGGAGUCAAAAUUCAGAUUGCAGUGCUUGGAAAGGUGUAACUUUUGAUGGAAAGGGACUUGUCACUGGUCUUAAUUUGAGUUUUGAGUGGAUAUCUGGUGGAAUCGACAAUUCCACUCUCUUUCAUCUGCAACAUCUCAAGAGCCUGGAUUUAUCAUGGAACAAUUUCCUGUCUUCCAUUCCAGAUGAGAUUGGUAACCUCAUAACUUUAAGUUAUCUAAAUUUGUCGAACGCUGGCUUUGGGCAAGUCCCGAUUACCAUAUCACGCUUGACAAACUUGGUCACCCUUGAUAUCUCAUCUCUACUGUAUUCAUGGAAACUUGAGAACACAGAUUUGGGGAUGUUGGUUCAGAACCUUUCCAAGCUCGAAGAGUUAUAUGUUGAUGGUGUGAAUAUAUCAGCACCUGGGAGUGAGUGGUGCAAGGCUUUGUCAUCUUCUGUGCCUAAACUGCGAGUCUUGAGCUUGUGGAACUGCCAUCUUUCUGGCCCUCUUCAUGAAUCGCUUGGGAGUCUUCACUCUUUGUCAGUGAUUCGCCUUGAUUAUAAUAAUUUGUAUUCUAUGGUUCCAGCAUCCUUUGCAAAUUUCUCAAAUCUUACUUCCUUGACUCUCGCCAUGUGUGAAUUGUAUGGGAAUUUUCCUGAACAGAUUUUUCGGAUACCAACCUUACAGAAUAUUGACGUGUCAAUGAAUACGUUACUUCAUGGUUUUUUGCCAGACUUUCCCAAAAAUAAUUCUCUUGAGAGACUGGUGACACAUUCCACUAAAUUUUCAGGGGGAUUACCAACAUCCAUCGGUAACCUUCAGAAGUUGUCUAUGUUAGACAUUAGGACAUGCAAUUUUAGUGGACCACUUCCAAGUUCAAUGGGAAAGCUCAACCAACUGGUGUACUUGGAUUUAUCUCUGAACAAAUUGACCGGUCCAAUCCCAUCUUUUAAUAUGGCCAAGAACCUCACAAAAAUAGAUCUAUCUUAUAAUAUGAUUACGGGUGAAACUCCAUACGCUCAUUGGGAAGGCCUUCUAAAGCUGGUUGAUGUGAACUUGCAGCAUAAUUCUCUUGGCGGGACUAUUCCCGUUGCAUUGUUUGCACUUCCAUUAGUGCAAAAGAUUCAGCUUUCCUUCAACAAUUUUAGGGGUCAAGUUCCUGGUUUUCCAAAUCCUAGUUCCUCACUGUUGGAUACUCUUGAUUUGAGCAACAAUAUUCUCGAAGGGCAUCUUCCGAAGUCCAUCUUCGAACUCAAAAAACUUCAUACUCUAUCACUGUCCUCGAACAAAUUCAACGGCACCAUGCAAUUUGAUGUGAUUCAGAGACUCAGCAAUCUCACUUCACUUGACCUUUCUUACAACAACUUGUCAGUCAGUGCAAGCGGUAAAUUCUCUACAUUGCUUUCCUUUCCACAAGUUGUCAUAUUAAGGCUUGUUUCUUGUAAAUUGACCACUUUUCCUGAUCUAAAGAAUCAAUCAGAAUUAGCCAUUUUGGACCUCUCAGACAACCAACUUCACGGGGAAAUACCUAAUUGGAUUUGGGGACUUGACAGUCUUAUGUAUCUGAAUCUUUCCCAUAAUUAUCUAAUGAGCCUGCAAGAGCCUUAUGCUCCUUCUCCUAUUAUCUUUAUCCUUGACCUACAUUCCAACCAGCUUCGUGGGAAGAUUCCCCUUCUACCCCCAGCUUGUACCUACAUAGAUUUGUCUAUCAAUAACUUUACUUCCUCUAUUCCCGUAGACAUUGGCAACCAUCUUAAUAAAACUUAUUUCUUCUCCAUUUCAAAGAACCAUCUUACAGGUAUUAUGCCAGAAUCUAUAUGUGAUGCACCCUCUCUUCGAGUGCUUGACUUAUCUUACAACAACUUAUACAGAGAAAUACCUGAAUGUCUGUAUGUAAUGACUCAAACUCUCGAGGUGCUGAAUCUACGAAGGAACUCCUUAGGAGGCUCAAUUCCCAACGCCUUUCCGGUUAAUUGUUCUUUAGAGACCCUAGAUCUCAAUGGGAAUUCAAUAGAAGGGCAUAUUCCAAAUUCUCUAUCUUCUUGCACCAAAUUAGAGGUCUUGGACUUUGGGAACAAUUACUUUACUGGUGAGUUUCCAUGCUUGUUAAAGAACAUAUCCACAUUGCGAGUCCUUGUUCUGCAAUCCAACAAAUUUUAUGGCAGUAUUAGAUGCUCCAAUUCCAAUGAAAGCUGGAAGGUGCUACAGAUUGUAGAUCUAGCUAAUAAUAACUUUGAUGGUACGCUACCUGGAGGAUUUUUUAUAAAAUUGCAGGCAAUGUUCGAUAACGUAAAUAACUCCUCUUCAAAAGUUAAUCACGUUCACCUUGAAGUUGAAUAUGAUUACGGAAUGUAUUAUCAAGAUUCAAUUACAGUUAACUUCAAAGGUCUAGAGAUACAGUUAGUGAAAAUCCUAAAUGUCUUCACUUCUAUUGAUUUGUCAUUCAACCAUUUUGUUGGACCAAUACCAGAGGAAGUAGGACAACUUGGAGCACUCUAUUUUCUCAACUUAUCCAACAAUGCUCUCACUGGCCAAAUCCCAUCUUCUAUUGGAAACAUGGGACAGCUGGAGUCAUUAGACCUUUCAAGUAACAAAUUGAACGGAUCAAUCCCAGUAUCCCUAGCAAACCUUAACUUCCUUGCAUUCUUGAACCUCUCAUAUAAUCAUCUGACCGGACCAAUUCCAUCCGGUAGUCAAAUUCAAACAUUUCCAGCAAAAUCUUUCAUUGGAAAUAGAGGACUGUGGGGAUGCCCUCUGACAGAUAAAUGCGGCAAGGGAGUGAUUUCACAAAACACAACAAACAAGAAUGGUUCAAAAUCUGGAAAUGAGAUUGAUUGGAAUCUCAUAAGUGCUGAAAUUGGAUUAAUUGUUGGCUUUGGAGUUGUGAUUGUACCGCUUGUCUUUUGCAAGAGAUGGAGGAAAAGAUAUUUUGAGCGCAUUGAUGACGUUGGUGCUAGACUUUUUCCUAAGCUGUAUCAAACCAGUGUCACUAAGAAUAGAAGAAGACGCCCAUGAUGAUUUUUAUAGAAAGAUCUAUCUCAAUAUGCUUUGAUCUCGCAUGGAAGACCGGAUUGGCUGCAAGAGAAGCUGCCCCUUGGUUGUCGACCCAAAUUAUGGGAGGUGCUGGAAGAGGAAUAUGCAGCUCAGAGAGAAUAGAAGCUACCCACUUCACUUCAGUUGUUGUAUUGGCCAGAGAUCUAAAUUCACUUUCGGUACUCGAUCGAACCACAACUUAUUAUUUAUUGGUUGACCAGGAUAUAAGAUUUUCUCCCAAUAAGAUGGCAUAGCCCCCUGUUGAUCUUCGGUCAUCAAUGCAACUUGCUCAGUCUACAUCCGAAUAGACUUCAAGACUAAGAUGUAGAGUUGGUUUCAAUAGUAGUCCAUCAUGAAUAGUUCCUUUAAUAUAUUGUAAGAGUCUCUUACAUGCUUCCCAAUGUAUUGAUGUAGGAGCAUGUAUGAAUUGGCUAAACUUAUUAACAAUAAAAACAAUAUUUGUCCAAGUUAAUGUAAGAUAUUGGAGAGCACCAAGAGUACUCUUGUGCAAGGUUUGAUCACUAAAAGGUUCUCCAUGUUGUAUGGAAAGAACAUGACAAAAGCUAGUAGGACUUGGGGCUGCUUUUGCACCCUCCAUGUGCAACUUUGACAGCAAGUCUGCA